AUGUCGAACGCGUCAGCUGCAAGCAUAUUAGCUCAGGAAGAAGCGGACAUGUUACAGGAAUUAUACGCCAGCAGCUACUGUUUUCUCGCAGCUACUGCCCUCAUCUUCUUUGAGUACAUUGUGACUUUCUCUGAAGAGGUUCGCGUCAUCUGGGGAGCCAGGUUCACCACUUUUCGCACUGAAUCCCGUCUGGUGGCAUACUCCACUGAGGUGAGCUCCGACGGCCGCACCGUCACAUGUUCAGCGCAGUCAAUAGGUUGCCGCAGCUGUGAAGCUGUCAACGUAUUGGAGAACGUGUCGAUUAUUGUUCUUGAGGCUGUGACAGCAAGCUUUUCCGCGUUCCGUACAUAUGCCAUUAGUGGACACCAGAUCGUCCCUGCAUUGCUAGUCUUGCUACUGGGGCUAGCGCCAGUAGGCGACAACAUCUUUGCAAAUACAGGAUAUUCAUACUCGUUCGUCACUUACGUAGGCCGCUAUCCAGUUUGUAACAGUAAUCAACGCGAGUCCGUGGCGAUACAGAAGAAGACUGACCCUCCUUUGCAUAGACUCGUCAUCUUCGAUCGCAUCUGCGCGGCUGUAUCCGACCUGAUCGUGGUCCUUGUCACUUGGUUCAAAACAGCCGGACUCGCCAUGGAAGUGCGGAAGUUACGAUUAAGAGGAUCGAUCGCCACGGUGCUGAUGAGAGACGGCACGCUCUACUUCAUGGCCCUUUUGCUUCUCAACGUCCUCGAGAUCGUGAUCACACUCCACUACGUUAAUUCACAGGCGAGUUUACCCGUACAACUGCAUGGCUGCUCUAAGGUAACGUUCAAGCAGAAUCCCGCAAACUACGUCACAGUUUUCCAGCUACCAAUCUCAUCAAUCCUGAUAUCACGCCUCAUCCUCAAUCUACGCCAGGUGUCCCUCGGCAGCGUGGGCUUGAAUACGAUUUCGCUCAGCGCCGUGGACACGCCGGACAUUCCCUCUCGCCUGGUUGGCAACAUCGGCGCUGAACUCCAGCACUCGUCUCUUGUUUUUGAGAAUGUCGAGGAUAACAUGGAGGACGAGCAGGGUAUGACUGAGGGCUGUGAGACCUACGAGCUGGAGCAGGUGCAGUAGUCAUCGUACAAGCUAUGCGAUCGUUUUCGAAGUGCCGGCUCUGACUGUAACUCGCAUUUGUACCUUGAUAUAAUUUCCUAGUCGCGAUAUCCGAGCAAAAUGUUACGCUAAGUUGGCACGAAGCAUACGUUCAUUAUAGCAUAAACAGCAAGAGGGAGAUUCACUAGGCCAAAAGCUGCAUCCCGCCGCCGCAAGGCUGAACCUUAUCCGAGACAUAGACCCCAAAGUUGAUGAAUUGGUAGCAGCAGCCAAUCCGUUGCACGUCCCAAAUCAAUUUUACAGCAUAGCAGAUGUUUAGACAAUUGCUGUAAAGCGUCGAUUACUCAGGCCGUCGACGAAGGUGCGAGCAGCCCAAGCAGACGAGACAGGACGAUCCGCCGUUCCCGCAAGUAAGAUGGAAGGCGGACCAGUUCCCCAGUUUGUCGUCUUUUGCAUUCGGUAUUCAACGCCGAUGGGCAACUGGCUGUAUCCCACGUGAGCAU